AUUGGCGGUUAAAGACUUAAGAGGGUAUCAAGUCAAGGUGAUGAAAGACCCACUACAGUGAAAAGAGAAUAGGAACAUAAAGAGAGAGAAAGUGUGUGUGUCUCCCGUGUCUUAAAUUUAAGUCUCAGGUAAAUUUUGAAAGGAAGCUGGGAAUCUGGAGUUUCAUCUCUCUUUUGAACAACAAAGAUAGAUCUUUUCCAGAAACAGUGGAAACCCAAGUAAGGGUAAGGCCGUAGGCCUAUUCAGGUCAUCUUCUUCAAUCAAAGAGGUUCCUUUACCUCUGUUGUCAUGGAUCCCAAGGGCUCCAAGCAGCCUUCAGAGGUGCCCAAUUUCUUGAGUCUGCCGCAGUCAGACACGGGUGAUAAUAAACCGGCAGAAAUCAAGGAUUUCCAGAUUGUGAUUGCAGAAAAAGAUGAGGGGAAGAAGCAGUUAGCACCCAAGAGAAGUUCCAACAAGGAUAGACACACCAAGGUCGACGGGAGAGGGAGGAGGAUAAGGAUGCCGGCUCUGUGCGCCGCAAGGAUUUUCCAGUUGACGAGAGAAUUGGGUCACAAAUCCGACGGCGAAACUAUACAGUGGUUGUUACAGCAAGCAGAGCCGUCGAUCAUCGCUGCCACGGGUACAGGGACUAUUCCGGCCUCGGCACUUGCUGCUGCGGGGGUCUCUGUUUCUCAACAGGGUACCUCUGUUUCUGCGGGCUUGCAUCCGAAGAUGGACGAGUUGGGACCAGGCGGUGUUGGGUCUGGAAGUAGGACCAAUUGGACAUUGGUUGGGGGUAACUUAGGCAGAUCCCAUGUGGCCACAGGCUUAUGGCCCUCUGUCAGCGGCUUCAGUACGGGGUUUGUUCAUUCCUCUGGUCCUUCCGCAUCAAAUUUGCCCAGCGAAAGCUCGAAUUACUUGCCUAGAAUUGGGUUCCAUGGGUUUGAACUCCCAGCUUCCAAUUUGGGUCCAAUGAAUUUCGGCUCAAUUCUGGGUGGGAACACUCAGCAACUUCCGGGAUUGGAGCUUGGGCUUUCCCAAGAUGGUCAUAUUGGGGUUUUAAACCCUCAAGCCUUGAAUCAGUUUUACCAGCAGAUGGAGCAAGGUCGAGGUGGGUCUAGCGCCAUGCACCAACAACAACAGCAUCCACCGCAGCCACAGCAACAACAACCUCCUGCCAAGGAUGAUUCGCAAGGAUCAGGACAGUAACUAGCAUUAGUAAACAGUUUCUAAUGGAGAAUUUUGGAGGAACAGAAAGAAGUAACACACCUGAGAAGCUUUCUUUUCUCUUAUGGUAUAUUUUCUGCUUACAUGCAAGAGUGAGGGGGAAAGGAAAAUGUGAGAAUUCAAUCCUUUUAUGGAGUUGAAUCAUAGAGACUGGAUUUUGGUUACUGUGUCCGCUCUUUUUCUCUCCACAGUUCCAUCCAAUUCUCCAAAUACAGAUUGUGCAGAUGAAGUGAAACUUUGCAGAGCUGCGUAGCUUGAGGUUGGACUUAAUUUCUUGUUUAUUUCAAGGUGUGUUUCCUAUAUAGUGUAAGCGACCUUCAAUCAUUUGUUGCUAUUAGGUUUGGACCUGGAAUGAUGGUCAGUUUUGUUUUUGGAAUAACAGUUUUUUUUUUUUUUUUUUUUUUUAAUAUAUAUAUCAUGAGAUUUCUGUUA